AUGAGCAUUAAGGUGGUGAAGGGAUUCAGCCUCCAACUUAAUUUAAAUUUGAAAAAGUCAGAGGAAGAAGAUUCUAUUUGUUUAUCUAUAGAAGAGAAUUUACCAUAAUUGGUAGUAGAACAGAAAACAUGCCAAUUAAUUGGGCAAUAACCUCAAGGAAAAGCAUAUUUAGAUCUUUCAAAGGUGUGUAAAUGCUAGUUUUCUCAGGAAUAUCUUUAUCUAAUUGAGAAUCUAAGCAAAAAGAGUAAGUUUGAAAAAACUAUGCCAGUUCAGUUUAACAAUCUGGAGAAUGAAUAAGAUAAAAUAAAGUUCUUGACUCAAGAUCAAUUAGUGAACAAUGUUAUUCUUACUAAAAAUUCAUACGAGCACAAUGAAGAGAAUAUUACAAUUUAUGAUUUCAGCAAUAUUUCUGAAAUCAUGUAGCUCUUUUUAAAUAACUUUUGGAUUGAAUUUGCUUUAAUGAAAGAAAACAAUUAGCUCAUAUCAAAGCUUAUUUUUAAUAAUGUCACUUUUGUUAUAAAUAAAAUUGAUUAAUCUUCAAAUAACCUGUAAAUACUACCAAACCCAGUCAUGUAGCUUCUAGCUUCUAAAACGAAAGCAAAACUUAAUCCUUAAAACUAGAAAACUCUAAAUGGAAAAAACGAAAGAGAUUAAACUAAUAGCACUAUUAGAACAGGUUAUUUAAGCAUGGAUAGUAAACAAAGGAUAGUUCCUCUUUUGGCAUAGGAUGAAGGAGUUUACAAAGUACCUCUUAUAGGUAUUUGGAUUUAAAGCGAUGAGAAUGUUAAUGAUAUUUUCCUUUGGACUCUCUUUAUUGAAUAUGCAAAAAAUGGUGCUAUGAAAAAAUGUAAUCUUUCAAAUUCUUCUCCUUCUGCUUAAAAUAAUUAAAAAACGAGUUCUACUUUAUUUUCAACUGUUCCAAACUACUCUGAUAUAUCUUUCUUAUUCGUAUGGUUUUAGUCAAGCGAUGUCACUAGUCCAUUAUAUUUUUAAAUUUAAAUCACUUAAUCUAGUUUGAAUAAGUGCUUUCAAAAAGCUCAGCUUUCCUCGAGCUCCUCAGUAAUUAAAUUUGAUUACAGGUACUCAAAAUUCAAGCCUGUAAAUAUAAUUGAAAAUGGAUUGAAUCACACUUUUGAGGCUUAAGAUUAAGUAAAUAAGCCUAUUAAAUAGCAAUAGAUAAUUACCAAUUCAAUGAAAAGUGAAGAUAUUAAAUUAACAGAAAAUAAAGAAUUUUCCAAAUAUUAAAAUGGAAAAGAUUAGAAUAUUUUUAAGCAAUUUUCUCAAAAAUAAGGAAUUGAGUUGCUUGAAAGCUAAAAUAAAUUUUAAAAAGAAAAUACUCAAAUUGUAUCAAACAAACAGAAAACAUUUAAAGAUGAUGAUUUUAAAUUAAAAUCUUCACUUACCAAUACCUCUGAGGAUUUUUUUCCUAUUAAAGAUUAUAAUUUAUAGAGUCACAAUGCUGGAUAAAAAGAUAAAUCCCCCUUAAGCGAGAGCUAUAAAAAUGACAACUUAAAACUGUCAACAAGAGAUUUAAACAUAAGUUUAAAUCAAAGUAAAUAAGUGCAAAGCAAGGGGGUUGAUGAAUAAUAAUUGGAUGUCAAAGAAUAAACUAAAGUGAGAUCUCAGUCUUUAUACAAUUCUAAACAGAGCCAACAAAUUCAAAAUAAUUUAGCAGCUAACUCUGAAAAAUAUCCUAAUUCUCAAUUGUAGCUUUUAGAUUCUUAAAAAUAAAUUAUGGAAUCGAAAAAGAUUCUAGAAGAACGAAAAUUAAAUAAAAAAGAUGGAAUAAUUUAAGAUGAAAAAGAGAAGCAAUUAUUCUAUAAAUCUAACAAUUACAACUAAAGCUGUCCAACCAAUCAAAAAGAUUUGACUUAAUUCUAACACAACACCUUAAAAUAACAUUAAACUUUAUUUGAAUAAAACUCAAAAAUAGAAGAAUUAGAAAAACAAAUUUAACAAUUAAAGAAAGAACUGCAAUACUCUAAAUCAAAGGAUAAAUAUUCACCUCGAGUAUUAGAAAAUGGGAAUAGUGGUAACAGUGAGUACUCUACUGUAAAGAAAAGAUCAAGUAAGUCUGUUUAUAGUACAAAUAGUAUUUCUGGAGUCGGUUCUGGAGGAUCAUUGGCAUCGGGAAAUACAAAUAGCUCAAAGGGUGGUAGCAAAUUUGUAUCAAGAAUCAACAAAUCUUAGAUUGAAUCACCAAGUGUGAACUCAAUUAUCAAGAAUAGUAUAGAAAAGGUUAGUGAUAAUUGCUAAGUUUCUUCAUUUACAAAGAAUUAAAGAAAUUUAUACAGUGCUAAUUCACAGGCCACAACUGCAACAGGAAACAAAUCUAUUGAUAGCAGAUUAUUUAGCUAAAAUUAAAAUAACUCAUUUAACAUAACUAAUAAGAGCUUAAAUACUUGCAAGUACUUGAGUGGUUUUUCUAGUAACAAAGACAUAGAUCUCACAAUAGGUUAGCUUUAGUCUAAUGAAAAACCUCCUAUUGGAUGUCUAAGCACUGCAAGAUCUAAUUAGCUCCGCUCAUCAAUCAAAAAUAUAAACCAAGGAUUAAACACUCAAAGGACAUCUUCCUCAAAGCAGCUGUAGAGGUAGUAAGCAACUUCAUCCUCAGGAAAUGGUGCAAACAUAAAAAGAAGCAGAUUCCUAGAAUGCAAUGACGAAUUACCUAGAAUAAAAUUUGACUUUUCUAACAUAAAUGACAACGAAGAAAGCGAUGAAGAGUCAUCAAAUGAAAGCAAAAACAAAAGUGACAAAUUAUUAAAAUACAAACUUCAUUCUAAUAUGAAUACAUCAAAAACUUCAAGUAUAAAACUAAAUAAUUUUAUUAAUUUUUGA